AUGGCCGCCCAUGCUUUACAGGGUAGCUACACGCCCAGUGAAAGCACCAUGACUGGAGAUACCUACACUGUGAAUUACUACCCACCAAAGACGGAACGUUUGUGGGUAAAGCAGUGGUUUGCGGUCACCAACAUGGAUUGCCAGCAAUGUGACUGGGUCUGUAGCCCUAUCGGCGCCGAUUCUACUAAUGAUGGCUCAUUAGAACCCCCUAGCCAGCACUGUGACAAGGCUUGUGACCCAUAUCGGCAUACUGUAACCUGGGUGCCGCACCGAGAUGCGAAUUGCCUCGAAUAUCAGUUUAGUGAUGCAUUCGCACAAUGCGACAACUCAAACUAUUGCCAACAGAACUAG